AAUCCCUUCUGUAUUCAAGCUGUCAACCCUCUCUCUCUCUCUCUCUCUCCUUUCUCACCAAUCCCAAAACCCAUUUCUUCACUCUUCAAUCUCUCUCUAUUCCUCAAUCUUCAACCAUCACAACCAAAACAUUAAAACUCUCAAACAUAAACUAAACCAAAACCAAAAACAAAAAAACAUGAGAAAAAACAUGUUUUCCUUCGCUUACAUAACAACCAUUCAAUUUUUUCUAAUUCUUUCAUUUUCAACCCUUUCUUCUUCAACAAGUUCCAAUGCAACAUCCAUCUACGAGGUUCUAUUCAACCAUGGUCUUCCAAUGGGAAUUUUCCCAAAGGGUGUAAACGAGUUCAACGUUGGUGAAGAUGGUAAAUUCUGGGUACAUUUAGAUCAAGCAUGUAACGCAAAGUUUGAGAAUGAAUUGCAUUAUGAUCGAAACGUUUCUGGGUCAUUGAGUUAUGGAAAGAUCGAUGCUUUGACCGGUUUAGAAGCUCAAGAUCUUUUCCUUUGGUUCCCUGUUAUGAGUAUUCGUGUCGAUGUUCCUAGCUCUGGUUUGAUUUACUUUGAUGUUGGUGCUGCUUAUAAACAAUUCUCUUUGUCCCUUUUUGAAACUCCUCCUGAAUGUGUCGCUGUUCGUACCGAUGAUGAUUCCAAGGGUCAAUCGGGAAGGCUCCGCUAUAAACUAGAUCAAGAACCUUCUGGAAGAGAUGUUCUAUAGAUGAAAGCAGGAAAGGGUGAAGUUUUUGUGUAGUAAAAUCGCCAUGGGUUCUCCAAUCAGAAUGUAUUCAUUCGGGGAGUAUAAAUUAAUAGGUCCAAUGAUUCGGUCCUAUUGUUGUCGUUUGUGUUAUCUCAGCGUAUAGUGCAGAAUUUAGUGUAGUAGAGGCAGCCACUGUGUAUUUGAAAGGGAAGCAACGACCAGAAUCUGUUUUGCAUUGGAAAGAUGGAGCAAGAAUAGAGCAUUUUGUUGAAAUGGAUUCAGGUGACAAGUUUGCAAAGAUUUUGUUGUAUGUUGUAUCAUAAGAAUGUAUCCGGGGGUGUUGUUCAGUUGAAUCGAAGUUGUUAUAUCAGUUUAAAAUAGAAAGAAUACUUUUGAUAUGAAAAUUCAUGAUUAUUAUUUAUAUGUUUUCUUUUGCUGAAUAAAAUUUAUGCAACUCCUUCAUGAUUACUUGUUA